GUCAGUGUCGUUAUACCUAUCUCACCUCUCGGUUGUGAAAAGAGUUAUUCAUUGCAUUUGUUGCCCUUCCGCAAGAUAUUUUCACCUGUUAUUUGGCAUACUCUUAGUUCUUGGAAUACUUGAAAUCCUUAAAAACGUUCUAGAGGACCAUAACAGAAACCACCUGUGAACCAACUGAAGCAGUGUGACAAAGUUGAAUUCAUCAUCUUCAGUAAUAUUUUCAGUAUCCAAAAUGAAUCACCUUCGGAUGGCUUCUAUUGUAAAGUUUAUUACAAUCGCUGCACACUUGAUUUACCUAACCGAGGCAUACAACAUUCCUCAGGAGUUGAUACAUUGUUUUCGAGGGAACUUAACGCAACCUUCCGUGGGGUUUAAUAAGCAACUGUUAUUGGAAUUGGUUCGAAAGGUUGAGGAGAAAAAUCCGACUACGUUGGAUAUGCGAAUGCUUAGCGUGGAAUUGAUUCAUCGGCUUCGAGUUGAUGGCAUCGAAAAAGCGCAAGGAGCGCAGGAAACUGAGUUCGUAACACCGUAUAGUCCCCGUGGAAUAAUGGUACCCAAGUAUAAAUUGCUCCUUCAGCUGGUGUCCAACAUUCCAGGAACGAUUGAGUUUGACAAAUUUCUAAGUCCAUGGGAGAUUUGCCUGCUCCACAGAUUGCUGAGUAGUACGGUGGAGCCAUUCCAGCGAGGCGAUGAAAGAGUUAGUUGUCCAACAACUAUUGCCGACUCCGGUCGGAAUCCACAGGCACCGUGGAUUACUCAGAAUAAGUCACAAAUGAAUCAAACGACCGGAGUUACCUUUGACCGUCCAAUUUCACGUUGUCCAUUGGAAGGCGGUACUUUCCGAAGCAUCCGAUACGGCUCGAUAGCUCCAGGCGUUAUUAUAAUGUCGAUUGCAGCUGGAUUACAGCCACAAAAUAUACGAAUUAGUGAAUUCAUAUCGAGUUACAAAGCAAAGAGUAUGUAUGAGAACUUGGAGACAAUGGAACGUGCUGAUACUCGCAAGCAAGUAGAGAAAUUGCUUUCGUCUAUGGAAUCGAUUGACAAUACGUACGCUGCGGGAUUAGCAGGAGAUCUUGCAGAGGUCUGUCUGUAUCAGGGUCCUUAUGUGGGCACAGAUGUGCGAGUUGGGCUUCAGGGGACAUGGAACGAUACGUAUUUUCCAAGGGUACGAUUCCUAGCGGAUACCCAUGAAGGUCGAUGGGAAAUGACGGACAGUGAGGUUCUGUCGGGUAUCGACGGAUAUUUCCUAGCUCAACAGGUUCCGUACUUCGUGAACAAAGUUAGAAGACUCAGACUAUCCCAAGUACUUGACAUGUAUUAUAGUAAUCGAGGAAUUCCAAUAGUUUCAAUCGAAAAUCUAGGAAGACGCAAACUUCCUAAUAAAAAACAAAUACCCAUUGCAAGACUGCCAGAAACAUCCGAAAUCAAUGAGGAUUCGCUUGAUAAACUGUUCAACGCCGAAAGAAAGACCAAGUUGUGGAAGGUGUUCAGUGAAGAUGAAGAACAAACUCCACAAGGAGCAGCGCAAAAUGUUCCUGACGACAUUAAUAGGGCUUGUUACAGGAAGGAGAUUCUGCAGACAAUCGACAAAGAUCGCCUGAAGCAAGAAACUUUCAACUUUGUGCAAGUUCUACAGUAUACAACCGGGAGCGUGGUCGUAGAGGAUGCACUGAUGAGAAGAAACUGUGACGCAGCAGUGGAUCGGUUCUUCAGUUACGCAAGCAAUUUAUUGAGUACGGUCGAUGAUUGUAAUGCUUUGAGAACAACGGAUAGCAAACCGAACAUCGAUUUGCUGCUUAUUAUUGACGGGUCUCGGAGUGAAUAUGAGAAUCAAAAAUUAAUUUUCCAUUUAUCUGAGUUGAUUGAUAUAUCUAUUUAUGGUUCGUCCAUAUCUGUUAUCAACGGUCAAACGGGGGAAUUCAUGGUCAAUCGAACAAACAGCUUGUCUAACGUAUUUGAACAGCUUUCUGCAUACCAAGGUUCUUAUCCGACAACGCUAUCGUUGUCUAACAGUUUUGAUUCCAUAAUACAACGUUUAUCGGCCCAGAUGGAUGAAGAAAGAGCCUACCGGGCGGUUGGAGCAAAUGCCCCAGUCAUUCUAGUCAUCUCACAGGGCCAACGCAUUGUGAACACGGAUUUCACCAGUGCACGCCGCAUGCUGACCAGCACUUUUGAACAAUUUCCGGAUUUGUACUUCGUGUUUCUGACAAACGAUGCAGCCAUGUUCAGUCAGCUGACAGACUUUUCGGGAAUUCCACACAGUCGACUCCCCACCACGGAACACUACAAGAUCAUCGAAACGUCCUCCAUCGAUCCCCAACAGUACAGCGAAUUGCUCCGGGCCACCCUGGAAGCCAUCCCACAGCGUUUGGUAGCGCCGUUCUGCCGGACCGCAGCUAAUCGCAAGACUUGGCGAUUGGUUAACGUGCGAGAAGAGUACGAACAAUAUCUCAGUCCGGGAGUGGAACUGCGUUACCGGAUCAGUCGAAAUUUUUUGCUGAACACCAAUUUCGUUGGGAUUCAGUUUCAGAACUCUGGUUACGGGGAGUUCACCGUUUGCGGAACAAUGGAUCCCACCUUUACGGGCCUUGCAUGCCAGACCACCACACCGGAGUUGGAUAAUGUGUGGUUUAACUUCACCGGAUUGUGCCUGGGAGUGGCAGAGAAUGAGUGUCGAUCGUUGUACUUUCUGGUGCAAAUGGAGGCGUCAUACAUGCGGUGCACGGAGAACGAUUGCCGAUACCCGGAUCAGGUUCGCUUCGUUAUCAAGCACGAGGGUCUACGAUGUCCAUCGGAUGGAAGUGGAGCACAUAGAUUUGCGAUUGGUUGGAUUACUCCAGUCAUUUUGGUUUUCUAUAUAGUUAAAAUUUAUCGCUUGUUAUAACAAUUAUGUAUAGAUAAAUGUAAUUUAUAUGGCUUCAGGUAUUAGGCAUCCCGAGCAGGACAAAAUAACUCAAUAAUACCUUAUUCUGUUAUUGAUACCCUACUCAGUUAUGAACUUGGUGUGUAAGAUACUAAAAGAAUGAUACCAAAAAUUCAUAUACAAAAUACUUUGUUAUUACCACACCAAACGCAUAACAAAUUGUGAUUCGUUUGGUAUUGAAGUACCUAAGCAUGCUUUGCCUAAAGUAUUUUGCAUGAUUAUUUUUUGGUAUUUUUCCUCUAAUGCAAACUAAGUUCAUACCAACUCCUUUUAUCGAGGUCAGGAUAGGUUUAAACUUCAAAUUGUCUCUCAUAAGUAUUUUUUUGUUUUACAAAGUGUUUUUGUUUUACAAAUAAACUAUUGUCGUCUGUUGUUGUACAUUCUUUUCAAUAAUAUAAUAUAAUAUAUAUAUAAUUUAACUUUUAACUAAUAAAAUAUUCAAUAAUAUAUUUCAAUAAUAAUUUAACGCUUUUCAAUAAUAUAUCAAGUUUGAAAAAGAAAGUUAUAUUUCAAGAGAUGAGCCAGCCAAGGGCUGCAAGGGAAUGUGACAAAAUACAAAAAUAUUCAAGUUUUCAACUCAUUUCACAAAUAUAAAUCAGUUUAUGCCUUUUUUAAGGAGUAUUGCAUUAUGCCACUGUUAUCGCCACUGCAUACGUGCAGCAUCUCGAGGCAGCGUUGCCGGAAGAGGAUGAGCUCGAUGGGGCUCCACUUGAGGACUGCUGGAAUACAGUUUUAAAACAGCCAUCAACGACGCAGCGGAGAACAACGUCGGGUAUGUGGGACGAAGUCGACGGAACUAUGUCUUCUUCUUCUUUAUUUGUGUGGAAACCGUUGAAACUCGACAAAUCGAAGUAACAUUUUAUAACGUCGGAAGCAACAUUUUUCACUCCAAUAAAAACUUGUUUGAAUUAGCUGAUUUUAAUGGUUAUGAACUUCCUAACGUGGAACAAAACCGAUUUCUCAUAAUACGGGAUCAUU